GGCGCACUCCCGGCCGGGCCGCGACCUCGCGGGAGGCGUGCGCGGCGCGGCCAUUGGCUCGGGCGGCGGCGGCGAGGCCGGGCCGCUGGGGGCGCGGGGCUGGGGCGCCGUCCCGGCCAUGGGCGCCCGCGGCGGCCAGCAGAGCUCGUCGCGCCGACCGGCGCCUUUGUGAGCGGCGCGGACAACAAAGGCGCGGGCCCCAGGCGGCCGAAGCCGGAGAGCGGCUGGGACGGUGCUGGUCUGAGCUGGACCUUGUCUGAUGGCUUCCUCCAACCCUCCACAGCCUGCCAACGGAGAUCAGCUGGUUCCCGGAGCCCCAGACCCCUCCCUACAGGCGGAGGACGACCCCGGAGAGGCCUUUGAGUUCGACGACAGUGAUGACGAAGAGGACACGAGAGCGGGCCCGGGCGCCCCCAGCGUUGCUGCGCGGGAGGAUGCAGACCCCCCGCUGAUCCUCUUUGACUCUGCCCCCAUCACCGACCCAGACCCAGCGGCCGCACUGACCCAGACAGAGGUGCUGGCUGUGGUGAGCAAUGGGGAUGCUGGGGACACAGCUGUCUCCCGGGUCCGGCGCUCCACCUGGAAACGGAAGAGCUCCCGUCGCAUCGACCGGUUCACUUUCCCCGCCCUGGAAGAAGAUGUGAUUUACGACGAUGUCCCUUGUGAGAACCUGGAUGCCCAUCAGCCCGGAACCGAGAAGACCCUGCUGUAUGACGAUGUGCACCGGGACGGGGCACCUCGGGAGGCGGAGGACCUAGGCUGGAGCUCCAGCGAGUUUGAGAGCUACAGCGAGGACUCUGGGGAGGAGGUCAAGCCGGAGGUAGAGCCUGCCAAGCACCGAGUGUCCUUCCAGCCCAAGCUUUCUCCAGACCUGACUAGGCUAAAGGAGAGAUACGCCAGGACUAAGAGAGACAUCUUGGCUUUAAGAGUUGGGGGGAGAGACAUGCAGGAGCUGAAGCACAAGUACGAUUGUAAGAUGACCCAGCUCAUGAAGGCCGCCAAGAGUGGGACCAAGGACGGGCUGGAGAAGACGAGGAUCGCCGUCAUGCGAAAAGUGUCUUUUCUGCACAGGAAAGAUGUCCUUGGUGACUCCGAGGAGGAGGACAUGGGGCUCCUGGAGGUCAGCGUUACGGACAUCAAGCCCCUGGCCCCGGAGCUGGGCCCCAUGCCGGAUGGCCUGAGCCCUCAGCAGGUGGUCCGGAGGCACAUCCUGGGAUCAAUUGUGCAGAGUGAAGGCAGCUACGUGGAGUCUUUGAAGCGGAUACUCCAGGAUUACCGCAACCCCUUGAUGGAGAUGGAGCCCAAGGUGCUGAGUGUCCGCAAGUGCCAGGUGGUGUUUUUCCGCGUGAGGGAGAUCCUGCACUGCCACUCCAUGUUCCAGAUUGCUCUGUCCUCCCGCGUGGCUGAGUGGGACUCCACAGAGAAGAUCGGGGACCUCUUCGUGGCUUCGUUCUCCAAGUCCAUGGUGCUAGACGUGUACAGUGACUACGUGAACAACUUCACCAACGCCAUGUCCAUCAUCAAGAAGGCCUGUCUCACCAAGCCGGCAUUCCUCGAGUUCCUGAAGAGGCGGCAGGUGAGCAGCCCCGACCGCGUCACACUCUACGGGCUGAUGGUGAAGCCCAUCCAGAGGUUCCCGCAGUUCAUCCUCCUGCUUCAGGACAUGCUGAAAAACACGCCCAGGGGCCACCCCGACAGGAUCUCGCUGCAGCUGGCCCUCACGGAGCUGGAGACACUGGCUGAAAAGCUCAAUGAGCAGAAGCGGCUGGCCGACCAGGUGGCCGAGAUCCAGCAGCUGACCAAGAGUGUCAGCGACCGCAGCAGCCUCAACAAGCUGUUGACCUCGGGCCAGCGGCAGCUGCUCCUGUGUGAGACGCUGACGGAGACCGUGUACGGCGACCGCGGGCAGCUGAUCAAGUCCAAGGAGCGCAGGGUCUUCCUGCUCAAUGACAUGCUGGUCUGCGCCAACAUCAACUUCAAGCCUGCCAACCACAGGGGCCAGCUGGAGAUCAGCAGCCUGGUGCCCCUGGGGCCCAAGUAUGUAGUCAAGUGGAACACGGCCCUGCCCCAGGUGCAGGUGGUGGAGGUGGGCCAGGAGGGCGGUGCCUACGAGAAGGACAACGUGCUCAUCCAGCACGCAGGUGCCAAGAAGGCCUCGGCUUCUGUGCAGGCCCAGAAUAAGGUGUACUUCGGGCCCCCGCGCCUCUUCCAGGAGCUGCAGGACCUGCAGAAGGACCUGGCCGUGGUGGAGCAGAUAACCCUUCUAGUCAGCACGCUCCAUGGCACCUACCAGAACCUGAACAUGACCGUGGCUCAAGACUGGUGCCUGGCACUGCAGAGGCUGAUGCGAGUAAAGGAGGAGGAGAUCCACUCGGCCAACAAGUGCCGCCUCAGGCUCCUGCUUCCUGGGAAGCCCGACAAGUCUGGCCGCCCCAUCAGCUUCAUGGUGGUCUUCAUCACCCCCAACCCUCUGAGCAAGAUCUCCUGGGUCAACAGGUUGCACUUGGCCAAAAUCGGGCUCCGGGAGGAGAACCAGCCGGGCUGGCUGUGUCCAGAUGAGGACAAGAAGAACAAAGCCCCAUUCUGGUGCCCCAUCCUGGCCUGCUGCGUUCCUGCCUUCUCCUCCCGGGCCCUCAGCCUGCAGCUUGGAGCCCUCGUCCACAGCCCCGUCAACUGUCCCCUUCUGGGCUUUUCAGCGGUCAGCACCUCUCUUCCACAAGGCUACCUCUGGGUCGGGGGCGGGCAGGAGGGCUCAGGGGGCCAGGUGGAGAUCUUCUCCCUGAACCGGCCCUCACCCCGCACCGUCAAGUCCUUCCCGCUGGCGGCCCCUGUGCUCUGCAUGGAGUACAUUCCAGAGCCAGAGGAGGAGGAGGAAGGUGGAGACGAGAGCCGGACAGCGGCUGACCCCUUGGCUGCAGUGCGUCCAACCAUCUGCCUCGGGCUCCAGGAUGGCAGCAUCCUGGUUUACGGCAGCGUGGACACGGGCACCCAGUGCCUGGCGGCCUGCAGGAGCCCUGGCCCACAGCCCGUCCUCUGCCUGCGGCACAGCCCCUCCCACCUGCUUGCCGGCCUGCAAGAUGGGACCCUCGCCGCCUACCCUCGGACCAGCGGGGCGGUGGCACCGCUGGAGGAGGAAGGUUCUCAGAGACCUUGGAGUGGAUGGGAAGGAGGAGUCCCGUGGGACCUAGAGUGCCCUCCUGUGUGCCUGACCGUGGGGCCAGGGCCAGUCCGCACACUGCUGAGCCUGGAGGAUGCUGUGUGGGCCAGCUGUGGGUCCUGGGUCACCGUCCUGGAUGCCACCACUCUGCAGACUCAGCAAAGCUUCGAGGCGCACCAGGACGAGGCAGUGAGUGUGACGCACAUGGUGAAAGCGGGCAGCGGCGUCUGGAUGGCCUUCUCCUCCGGCUCCUCCAUCCGCCUCUUCCACACCGAGACCCUGGAGCACCUGCAGGAGAUCAACAUCGCCACCAGGACCACCUUCCUCCUGCCAGGCCAGAAACACUUGUGUGUCACCAGCCUCCUGAUCUGCCAGGGACUGCUCUGGGUGGGCACCGACCAGGGCAUCAUCGUCCUGCUGCCUGUGCCCCGGCUGGAAGGCAUCCCCAAGAUCACAGGGAAAGGCAUGGUCUCCCUCAACGGUCACUGCGGGCCUGUGGCCUUCCUGACUGUGGCCACCAGCGUCCUGGCCCCCGACAUCCUGCAGAGCGAGCAGGAAGAGGCCGAGGAGGACAAGCAGGAUGGGCAGACUGCGGAGCCGGUGCCCGUGCCCAAGAGCCACGUGGGCCGCGAGCUGCCCCGCAAGAAGGGCACCCUGCUGCAGUACCGCCUGCGCUCCACCGCCCACCUGCCCGGCCCGCUGCUCUCCGUGCGGGAGCCGGCGCCUGCUGAGGGCUCGGCGCUGGAGCACAGCGAGGAGGACGGCUCCAUCUACGAGAUGGCCGACGACCCCGACGUCUGGGUGCGCAGCCGGCCCUGCGCCCGCGACGCCAACCGCAAGGAGAUCUGUUCCAUGGCCAUCGUGUCGGGCGGGCAGGGCUACCGCAACUUCAGCAGCGCCCCGAGCGGCAGCGGGAGGCCGGCCCCGUGCGGGGAGACGGACAGCACCCUCCUCAUCUGGCAGGUGCCCUUGACUCUGUAGCCCCCACCCCACCUGGGGCACAGCCACGGCCAUGACGCUGCCUCUCGGCUGCUUUGGGGGCCCCUGCGGCCGGGGUCCCCCAGACCGGGUGGGCUGGAAUGGCCAGGCUCUCAGCUGCUGUUGGGGCCUCUCCUGGCGGGGUCCCCUGGGAGGACGGGGUGGAGUUACUCUCCAGAGACCCGUGCAGAGCUGUGCAGAGAGCCUGGGUUCCUGAGCAACCACCUUGGCAGAGCGGAGAGAAACCUCAUCUUUAAAAAAAAUUUUUUUUUCCAAGUGUUUCAGGGGAGGGGUUUUGGGUUUGGGGAGAGGGAGGACCCCUCUGGAGGAAAUGACCUUCUUUUUAAAAGCAAAAAACACAAAACCUCACGACUGCCUGCCAAGCCCGGCACCCCCUUCCGGGCCUGCGGGGGCUCCGAGGAGGGUGCGUGCGUGUGCGUGUGUGAGAGCCUGUGGGCUGGCGUGUGGAUAUAUAUAAAUACGUAUAUAUAUGGUGUAUAUUAUGUGUGUAUAAAUAAAGUCUGUACAUAUUGGAGUCCUGGGAGAUGCUGGAAUAAAAGGCAAGAGUAACGUC